AUGCUGGUGGCCAUAGAGCCCAUAGAUCCCGAAGUGAUUGGUGAGGAUUCUGUAAAGGAGAUAUUUGAUUUAAAGGUCAAACUAUUCAACAACUUGGCUCACUGUCAGUUGCAGUUUAAUGAAUAUGAAGCAGCAUUAGAACUGUGUAACAGAGCUUUAAAACAUGAUCCAGACAAUUCCAAGGCCUUGUACAGGCGCUGCCUGUCUUACCAGGGUCUACAGUUGUAUGAGGAGGCAUGGAAUGAUAUACAAAAGGUGCUACGCUUGGAUCCCAAUGAUAAGGCAGCGCAGAAUAAAGCCAGCGAACUCAGGCCAAAAAUUGAGAAGAUUAACAAAGAGUAUACAAGCGUGAUAAAAAAAAUGUUCAAU